AUGGAGCAAUCGCCGCACCAUCCCGCCUUCCGCGCCGAUCGGGUCCCUGUCGUGAGGGACGGCCGAGUAGCUGAUGCGCGAACGAAUGACGAAGGACACGCCGAACGCGCGGAUCGAGAUGCGUGGCUCCAGGAGAGCGGACGCGGACCUGGCGCGGAGGGCGGAAACCACCGCGGCGGAAGGGUGUUCCGCUCCCCGGAGGAGCGCGGACGACGUCGCGACGAGAGAGGGCGGUGGCUGGCGUUCGGCGAGCAGUCUCGCGGACAAGGAGGGAGCGUCGGCAGCGUCGCUCGCGGAGAGAACUCGCCGCACAAUGCGGUUCGAGAAGAGACGCCGGAGCAGGGCGUGGAGGACAAGGAGGAAGGAUCGGAACGGUCAGACGAGGAGGCAGGGAUAGAAGGGGCGAAUGAGGCGCAAACAGGAGGAACGGGCGAUGCGGAAACCGAGCCGGCGGAGGCGCAAGUGGAGACGAGCCCGGUGGCGGUCGCGGAAUUAGAGGCUCCGCCACCGGGAUCGCGCGGCGCCAAAUUCGCGCGGCAAGGGAAAGGAGGAGCGGUCCCGCUCGGCGGAGAGGGAGCGGCGCCUCGGGGGAGGGCGCGUGGGCGAGUUUCACCCGCGCGGCGAGCGCCAGGAGCAGGGAGAGUGGAGCGGCGGCGCUCCGCAUUCGGCAGGAUGGCAGCAGCCGUGCGGGGAGAGGUGGCGAGAGAUGGAAACAGCGCCGCCGAAGUGGCACGGUCAGCAGCAAGGGGGACGCAGCAGCACCAUACGCUCGCCAGGCCGGACUAG